AAGAAAAGUAUAAAUCAAUGGGGAUUGGGCCCAGUCAGAAGAAGGCCCAAUCUGAACACUUUCCAACGCGUUUCACUUUCCGGGGUUUCAAUUCUUGCCCUAACCGCCUCCUUGACGAACAGUCGAACAGAGAAACAAAAUUGUCCGUGACAGUCGAGUCACCUAUCGAACAAAUUACUCCGUCUGAAAGUUGGAAACAAAGAGCAGAAACCCUAAUCCAAGCUUGAGAUAUAUCGACGUGCUUGCAGUUGCAGGUUCUGAAUCCCCGGCUGCUCGUCAUGGCAACCAGGCUUCAAUUCGAGAACAAUUGUGAAGUUGGUGUUUUCUCCAAGCUGACAAAUGCAUAUUGCUUGGUUGCGAUUGGAGGUUCUGAAAGCUUCUACAGUAUCUUUGAGACAGAGUUGGCAGAUGUCAUUCCAGUGGUUAAGACCUCGAUUGGGGGAACUAGAAUAAUUGGGAGGCUAUGUGCUGGAAACAAGAAUGGACUUCUAGUGCCACACACAACCACUGAUCAGGAACUUCAGCACUUGAGGAACAGUCUACCUGAUUCAGUUGUUGUCCAGAGGAUAGAGGAGAGAUUGUCUGCUCUUGGAAAUUGCAUUGCUUGUAAUGACCAUGUUGCUCUUGCACAUACUGAUCUGGACAGGGAAACUGAAGAACUGAUAGCUGAUGUUCUUGGAGUUGAAGUAUUCAGGCAGACGAUUGCUGGUAAUAUUCUUGUAGGAAGCUACUGCGCUCUCACAAACAGAGGCGGUUUGGUGCACCCCCACACUUCCAUUGAAGACCUGGACGAGCUUUCCACCCUUCUCCAGGUCCCCUUGGUUGCCGGAACAGUUAACCGCGGCAGUGAAGUCAUCGCUGCAGGAAUGACAGUUAACGAUUGGACAGCAUUCUGUGGGUCAGACACCACAGCAACCGAAUUGUCUGUUAUCGAGAGCGUUUUCAAGCUGAGGGAAGCGCAACCUAGUGCCAUUGUCGACAAGAUGAGGAAGUCCUUAAUCGACAGUUACGUCUGAGAAUUGUUGUAAUAUCAGUUGGGAGUGUGGCGCAUCUUUGUAUUCGUACACUCUCAUGUUUUCCCCCUUUUCAUCUCAAUUGUAAGGUAAAAUUUUGAAACUUGAUGCAGUUGGUAUAUCUUCUAUAUUGGUGGUGUUAUCUACUUGUCAAUGCAGAGUAGAUAUUUAACAAAACACAUAUUGGAGGUAUGGUUUUCUCUGUCUCUCUCUGCAACACGUCCACAACAGGUACAAACACAAGCCAGCAGUUGACCCGAUCAAAAAUGGUGCUUGGCUGUUUGUAUUUUGUAUUCUAAGAGCUGAGCUGUCAAUACAUUAACGUCGCGUCUUGUCAGUAUUUGUCUGAUGUGUUGUUUAAUCUUUUCUUCCGAGGUCUGUAAACAAUAUAACUGCAAUUUCGCUAUCAUGGAUUUUUCAUUUCUCAGCGGAGAACCCGAAACCCUAUCGUUUCUAUUGCGGUCAUAUAAUACGUUUCAUUCAUCUUCCUGUCGGCAUUCCUCCUCCGCCAUUGUUCCAUCCGAUGCCUUCCCAGUCAACGCCGCCGCAGACCCGCCGGAAGUCGACCGCCUGGCCGUCCUCCUUCUUCAUCUACUUCCUAUCCCCUGUUUUAGUAGCCACUCUGCUCGUCUACCAUCUGGACUCGUUCGACCCAGUCCACCUCCCUCUCCACGAGUUGACCCAGCCUCCCCUCAAAGCUCCCUUCACCAACCACGCCAUCCUCAAAAGCUCCGAGCUUGUCGGUCAGGGCCAGCUCAACGCACCCGAGGACAUCCUCUACGACGCCGUCUCCGGCGUCUUCUACACCAGCUGCGCUGACGGGUGGAUCAAGCGAGUCACGGUCAACGACUCGGUUGCUGAUAUGGCGGUGUCAAACUUGGUCAACACCGGCGGCCGGCCGCUUGGACUCGCCCUCGACCGAACCAGCAAUGCUUUGAUUGUAGCUGACGCUUACAAGGGGUUGCUUAGAGUGAGCGGGGAUGGAGGAAUCGAAGUUCUGACGGUGGAGGCAGAAGGGGUGAAAUUCAAGCUGACGGACGAGGUCACCGUAGCAGAAGAUGGGACAAUCUAUUUCACGGAUGCUUCUUAUGACUACACUGUGGCGGAAUCCAGCUUUGACAUUUUGGAAGGGAAGCCCCGUGGUCGGUUGCUGAGAUACGAUCCUGACACUAAACAGACCGACGUUCUGCUCCAUGACCUCUACUUCGCUAAUGGAGUCGAGAUUUCACCUGAUCAACAGUCCCUCGUCUUCUGUGAAACACCCAUGAGAAGGUGCAGAAAAUACUACAUAGAUGGGGAGAAGAAGGGGAAGGUGGAGAAAUUUGCUGAUAAUCUGCCUGGAUUCCCAGAUAACAUCCACUAUGAUGGUGAAGGCCACUAUUGGAUUGCGAUGCCAGGGGGAGCUAAUGCCCUGCUGGACUAUACAUUCAAACAACCCAUUCUCCGGAAGACUGUGGCAAUCCUCACAAAGCACCUGGGGCCACUACACUCGGAGAAGAACAGUGGGGUAUUCGUAGUGGAUUUGGAGGGGAAACCUGUGGCACAUUACAGCGAUCCGCAACUCGCCAUGCUCACCAGUGGAGUCAAGAUUGGAACUCACUUGUAUUGCGGCUCCAUCGUACAAAACCACAUCCUUCGCCUUGAUCUGGCUAAGCAUCCAGCACAGCCCACCACAUGAACAUAAUAGCAAACAAGCAAAUGAUCGAGAAACAUUAACCUCAAACGUAGUUGCUGCUCCUGCUGCGGCACUUGUAAUGAUAGAAUAAGAACAUUGCUGUAUUGUAGCUUCUAAGCAAGAUCCCCAUGGCUCGAAUUUAUGACAGGGCAACCACACAGCCAGCUUGACAGACAAGGCAUACAACUCAUAAUAUAAUAAGCAUCCAGACCUAGAAUUACUGCUCCAAGUUACAGAACGACCAGUCACAAGGGCAGAACGCAGAAACAAAGUUCUCAGCUUUUCCCGAGCCUACGAUUGUCCCAAUCCAGCACUUCAGACGUCUCUUCUACCGGCAAAAUUAUUGAACCGAAUCAGGAAAAGCCCCUAGCUAUGACACACUAAAUGUUACAAGCUAACAUGUCCGCCUACUUCCCCCCACUGAGCCUACCGUCGUUCAGGAAGGGGAGUAGGCGACUCAUGCGAAGACACUACUAAUUAAAACACAAUGGGACUCACUGCCGCUCAUUGAGGCAAGGCAGCUCACAGGCGACAAGUGCUAAGAGAGACAGCUACUUUAAAUUAGAAAGUACUCCACUCACUUUCCCUUAUGAAGGCUCCUCUUCAGAUCCUCAUUCUCUUUGCUGAGAACGUCAAUCCUCGACUGGAGUAUGUUAAUCAUGGCUUGAGUGCUCAUCAAAUCCAGCUUCAGCGUCUCCCUCUCAACUGAGACUUUGUGGACCUCACGCUGCAGGUCGUUGAUAAACUUCAUGCACCCAGAAGGGACCAUCGACUCGAGGCUAGCAGCAGUCAAUGUGGGUUCCUUUGGGGGAGAAGGCGGGGGAGGUGUGCGUUCCUUGGGCUCCAUAAGGGAGAAUUCUAGCAGUGCAGAUAUAGCUGUAGUAGUUGCAGCAGUUGUCGUCAUUGUCGUAUCAGUAGUAGCAGUCGUAGCACCUGUUGUUGUGGUAGAUGAGGAAAGGUCCUGUGUUGUUCUGGUCGACUUUUCUGAACCAUGAGAAUCAUAGUCGUUGUGCUUCCUUCUUUUGUACUGGAUCAGCGGGAAAGGAGCUUCUGUGUUGAGGACACACAUGGGAGUUUCCUCCUCCAUCUCCACACUUUCAUUCUUGCACAAGGACAGAAGGUCUCGAGUCUGCUUUGGGACUUCAUUGAAAUCAAAGGAUUCUUUGCUCAGGCGGUACUUAUCCUGCUCGACAUGAUUCGCCUGAGCAUAAGCUCCAUUGCAAGCAACAACUUCAUCUGCUGUAUCUUCUCCCGGGACAAGAGCAGUUUGACCAUCAUCCCACUCUUCCUCCAUGAAAGGAGCAUAGCGGUUUCCGCUUGGUGGUCCUAUAUUAUUCUUGUGAAACACUCUACAGAGAACAUAUGAAUCGCCCUUCAUAUUGCCAAGUCUCUCCAACUCCUCCUCAACUAAACGGUACUCAUGCAUAACCCAAUUGGUACGCUGGCCACCAGGGGCUCGUCCACUAUGGAACACAAGAGUCUUCUUCAUCGCUAUGAGUUGGUCGUCUCGACGAAUUUCCCGGUCUUUCCCGGUUGCUUUCCAGUAACCUCUGCCGGUAGCUCUGUUCAUUCUUGCACCAUUGCCAUAUUUCUUGUCCAGUGCACUAAAAAAGUACCACUCUUGGUCUCUGCUUUUCAACCUUGACUUGUCUGCAAGUUCCCAUGGCUCAUUUUUGUAGAUAUCGACUUCAGCGAUGGCGUUGAAGCGAACGGGCUUGUUCCCAACCUUCCUCCUCAAGUAAUAGCUGACGAGCUCUUCAUCCGUCGGGUGGAAUCGAAAACCAGGGGCCAAGGCAGUGGUGCUGGGCGCACCACCACCGGGCACAACAGCAGCCGCCGCCGGUUUUGGCGUAGGCGGUGUGGCCGGAACCAGCGCCAGAGCGGUACACGUAUCUCGAGGCAUGAUGAUAGGGAGAGAGAAGCGAGGGGGGGAGGAGGGAUUAGGGUUUGGUGGAGGCGUGGGCGAGGGGAAAUGGAGAGAAGGCGGAGAAUUGAUUGAAGGGAAAGGAAAGGUACCUUCAAUUGCAAGCAAUUUUGGUUGG